GCAACAAUUCCAACAGCUUCACCUUCUCAAGCUGCCGUACCGAUCAGUCAUGCCAAGCUUAUCAAACCGAAUAAUGGUACUGCUUAUCAUGGUUUUCGCCAUUCUCUGCUUUACGGUAUCUACUAAUGCCGAACGAAAUAUUGGUGUUUGCAUACGAAACUGCGCGCAAUGCAGAAAGAUGUUCGGCGUGUAUUUCAUGGGUCAGAAGUGCGCGGACUUCUGCAUGAAGUAUAAGGGAAAGCUCAUUCCAGAUUGCGAGGACGAGUAUUCCAUUCGUCCUUUUCUUCAAGUAGCAGAGUAUGAUUAUUAA